CAAAGAAUGAAUUUUUCGUAACAAAAACAGUAGACACAUGAAAGAAGAAAUUAUAAUUUACUUGUAAAUUCGCUUGACUUUUGAAAAAAUGAUGGAAAUAAAAUUUUGCCAAGAAAAGGAAAUAUUUUGAUCAUCUAAAGUCUAAUGUCAGUAGUUUUGGUUUUGACCAUGAAUUGCAUAAUUGGGCGUAUCUUUUACUUAUAUUUUGAAGAUAUAUACUAUCGAAAUUGAUCAUUAAAAAAGUGUUGAGAGGAUACGUUUCCUGUCUGACGGGCACACUUUGUACUAAAGUAAAUUUACCAGAGCGAGUUACUCAUUUGGAAGAUUGUGAUUGAGUCAUAAUAAACGCCUGAAAAGCAAGUGAAAUGCUUUAGAACUAAAAAUGAAUCUCGUUCAGAGAACAGUCUUUGUUAGUAGUUGGAAAAAUCGCUUGAUUAGAGGCAUAGACUGGCAAUUUUCCAUCACUAGUCUGAACCAAAAGUUCUUCUACUCUACGAAGCAAAAAAAAAGGAAAACAGAGUCUCUAUCUUCUUAUAGAGCUUCCUUGGAGAAUGAUUAUUAUACUUUCUUAAAGCAUAUACAUGAAAAGGAAAAUAUAUUUGCACCUGGUCAACUGGUAAUCAAUUUGGGUUCUUCUCCAGGAAUAUGGAACAACGUUGCGUCUGAAUAUAUAGGCUCUGAAGGAAGAGUCGUUUCCGUCGAUAUAAUUCCUUCAAGAUCUCCAGCUAACUGUAGCAUGAUACAGGGAAAUUUUCUGAGUAUGGCUAUCCAAGACGAGAUUGUGAAAGCGGGACUACGUGCCAGAAGACUACAAGAAGCACUGGUACAAUAUGGUGAUCCCUCCUCUAUACCUUACCUCCAGUUGGCUCUUGAACAUGAAGAAACUGCUGAAAAGCAAGAAUCGCUUCUUAAGGAAUUAUGUGCCGAUGUCAUAAUCAGUGAUUUGAAUCGUCCGUUUCCAAUGGUUCAGGGAUUUGAAUUCUCUAUUUCGAAAAGGCCUUACAUGGCUAUGCGAAACCGUGAGCUAUUGACUGUAAAGGAUCAUUUAGAUUCUUUGUUUUUGGCUCAAUCUUCAUUGGUAUUUGCUCUACGUGGCUUAAAACAAUCGGGGACCUUUCUUUGUAAAGUCGUAAACGGUCCAAACCUCCCUACCUUGUUAGAAGAUUUGACAAUGUGCUUUUCCAAAGUUAAUAAGCAUGUCAUUAAAGGUGUCUCUGGGAAUGAUAAUUCGGUCGUUUAUCUGUGUAAAGGAAAACGAUCAACUCCUCCAAUAACGUUACUCAACGUUUAGACUAAUAUAUACUCCUGGUAUUUUAUAAAAAUGAUUUAGUGAUUGACCAUCAGUUCAUGCUUCAUCUAUUGAAAGAAUCUGCUGAGCAAGUUCGUUCUGAAGGCAACGGUCUACAAUUUUUGUUAUAUAUUUUUGCAUCUCUGAAAUUGAUUUUUUUAAGUCUUUGUUUUCAAUUUCCAUUUGAAGUAGACGUGAUUUGCUGCUGCCCAUUAUUUCACGAAUUAACUCCUUUCGGACGGCUUCCAUUUCUUCUUGCUCUUUCUCAGAGACUGUGUCUGAAAUAGCCUAUUGUUCAUUAGAAAUGCUGCACUUCAAUUCUGGUUUGGUUUACCAUUUGUAACAACGUCAUUUGAAGACGCUCGUUUGCUUCUUUUAAGCGCUGGUUUUCAUUCAUAAUAUCUUUUUCAUUGUCUCCCAGACUUUCUGUUUUGUUUUGCUUCUCAGUUAAGAUUGUACUACUGGUAUUCCUAUCUCUUGCAGUACUGAAGUUUUCGUUCAUGUAAAGAAAAGGAACAUCCGAUUCACAUAAUUCUUUUCUCAAUGAAUCAGCAUCCGAGAAGUAUUCUGUAUUAAUAGAACUUUUGCUCCUUGCUUGGUCCUUUAUAGUAUAGUUUGAAUUGGAACUAGGACGAUACUCUUCAUUCGGAAGAACAGACGACGAUAUAUUAACUAUAUCCGUUCGUUCUCUAAGGAUAAAAUCUUCCAUUUUCUCUUUUGAAGCGUAAGGGAUUAUGAUUGUUCAGUUGGAGCGGGUUUCUUAACUCCUUACAGAGUAAACAAACAGUAAACAAACAAACCAGAUUUCCGCGUUAUCCCGCGCAGUUUUUUUUUUCUGAAUAUAAAUAUAUUUAUUGCGAAAAAAACUAUAAAUAAAGAUCUUUAAUAAAUGUUUACGACUUCAACUGUGAAUUGACUAUAAAUUAAUUUGCAAGAACUAUG